UAUUUCAGAUACUUAAAUUAACAUUUUCGUCUAAUUAUUACAAUUUAUUUAUAUUUUUGUUGCAGCCGUGCUCAGAAUCCGGGAUAUAUCCGGGCAUCCUUCAAAACCUGGAAGUAUUUUUGACAUUUGUGCACAGAAAGCUGUGUUAUGAUGCAUUUCAUGUGGAUUUCAUUUUCAUUUAUGCGAUGUUAUUCUAGGUAGUCUAAGGUCAUGUCUGGGAAAAUGAAAAAGAUCCGUGGCAUGUUAGAUGGACUUCGCCAGUCAGUCGGCAGCUCUUCUCCAAAAUCUGAGGCCGAAAUCGAAGAAACACUGCGGUCGGAAGAUCUCCAAGUGUGCAAGACUGUGCGACAUGGAUUCCCCUACCAGCCAACAUCACUGGCAUUUGAUAAUGUACAGAAAAUCUUGGCAAUUGGAACCAAAUCAGGAUCACUCCGAAUACUUGGCCAGCCGGGCGUUGACCUACAUUGCCAUCAUGGAAGCGAAGUGGCGGUUCAACAAAUCUUGUUUCUAAUUAACGAGGGGGCACUCGUCACUUGCUGUUCAGAUGAUAGUCUUCAUUUAUGGAACUUCCGACAAAAACGACCAGAAAUUGUACAUUCCUUAAAAUUUCAAAGAGAAAAAAUAACCCAUUGUCAGCUAUCAUUCCAAAGUAAAUGGUUAUAUGUUGGAACAGAACGUGGGAACGUACACAUUGUUAAUAUAGAGUCUUUCACACUAUCUGGAUAUGUCAUCAAUUGGAACAAAGCUAUUGAACUUUCUAGAAAAACACAUCCGGGCCCAGUGUUACAUUUAAGUGACAAUCCAUUAGACCCAGGAAAAUUACUGGUAGGAUUUGAAUCUGGAGCCAUUGUCCUGUGGGACCUCAAAAAUAAAACAGCAGAUUGCAGAUACCAAGCACCUGAGUCACUGCGGUCUAUAUCAUGGCACCAUGAGGGUAAACAGUUUAUGUCCAGUCAUACAGAUGGUAGUUUGUUAACAUGGAAUAUAAAGUCUCAAGGGAAACCAGUCAGUAUUAUCACACCUCAUGCAAAAGUUGGGAAAGAUGGACGACCUGAUGCAUGUAAAGCUAUAACCAAAGUGGCGUGGAAGUCACCUAGAUCUGGUGACCCCCUGGUGAUUUUUUCUGGUGGGAUGUCGUAUGAUCGUGCUGGGCGGACCCCUUGUAUAACUGUGAUGUCUGGUAAAAAUACCACUGUACUAGAAAUGGAGCAUACUAUCAUAGACUUUGUAGUUCUAUGUGAAACUCCUUGGCAAAAUGAUUUCCAAGACCCUUAUGCAAUUGCCGUGUUAUUACAAAAUGACCUAGUUGUUAUUGAUCUCACUUCUCAAGGGUAUCCGUGUUUUGAGAACCCCUAUCCAAUGGAUAUUCACGAGUCCCCCGUUACAGCGUGCCAAUAUUUUGCAGACUGUCAAACCGACCUUAUACCAGCCCUUUAUUCUGUCGGCACUUCUAAACACAAACGAACUGGAUUUAGUGAAAAGCGAUGGCCAAUCAAGGGUGGAGAGUGGGGCACAGCUACCUGCAGCUAUCCAGAGAUUAUAGUCACAGGACAUGCGGAUGGUUCCCUAAAGUUUUGGGAUGCAUCAGCAGUCACAUUGCAAGUGUUGUAUAAAGUUAAAACUGCCAAAAUAUUUGAGAAACCUAAGAACAAAGUGCUAGACGGCCAGGAGGACGACCCGUUUGCUAUAUAUAUGAUAUAUUUAGAUCAAGAAAGUCGGUUACUAACGCUAGCUGGAGCUACACAUGUGAUGCUGUUUAAAUUUUCUAAACAAGAAUCAUCCAUAGAAGUUCCAUCAUUAGAAGUAUCAAUAGUAUAUGAGGUAUUUGAUGAUCUGGAUUCACCAGACCUAGAUUACCCGAAACCCAGUCUGGGCGUGGCAACCCAGCAGCAUAGUGGCAGUGUGGGCUCCUACUCGAGCAACACAUCAGAUAGUACAAAACCAGAGCAGAUAACAGCAUUACGGGUGAGAAGUGGGGCACGGAAAUGGGGGGCAGGGUACCAGCCAGAUAUUGUGUGCCUGUUGACCUGGAUGGACAGUGAGCACCCGGGCAAUAUAACUAGUAUAUCCAUCAAUUCUUCAUAUGGUCUGUUAGCAUUUGGAAAUGAAUCAGGCCUGGCAAUAGUAGAUAUCAUUCAGAAAACGUGUCUGCUCAACCUUGGAACACCUGACUUGUAUGGUUCAAUGGACCCCUAUCAGAGGGCUCCACGCUCACCGAGGGGCAAGAAGCCUAUGCAGCCCCAGCCUCUAGAUGGGAGUAACCCUGCACUGAAUGAUGAAGGGGCAAGGUCACCAACUAGUGAUCAACCCACCUCUCCUGAUGUCUUAAGCCCGGUAGCGCCUCCACGAAAAAGGCGCACAAGCAAACAAUUGCAUAUUACAAAUGAAGCAAAACAUGACAGUGGACCUAACACUGCCCCACCUUCUGGCACCCGUUUUGAUUACAAUAAUCUAUCAUUAUCAAGUCAGUAUUAUUCUGACAGCUCUAACGUGACAAGUCCAACAGACUUAUCUCCAGGUGUUGUCGUCAUUCCUCCUACACCUCUUGUAUUACGAAAAGAUGUAGAAUCUGAGAAUCACAUAGAAGGCAAAAAUAUGGAGGUUUUGUCACCUGUUAUCAAAAAAGCUAUGACUGUAAGAACUUCCUCUUUACCAUUAGUGCCUGCAACUGAUAAUGAGACAAGCAACAUUUCUGAAAGGAAAAAGUGUAAAUCUCAUGAAGAUAUCCUCAAAGCAGAGAAAAAUGUUGUUGAAUUUAAAGCAGAAUCUCCUCAAGUGAAAAUCAUAGACUCUGAUACUGAAUCCAAACAUCAUCUUGGUCAUAAAUACUCAAUAAAGAAAUUUAAGCAAAGGUUCCGACAUGGUAAAAAGCAUGAUAAAAAUGGAGAAAGGCGCCGAAAACAUUCCAGUGAAAAUGAGAGUGAUAUUCCUUCGGAAGCUGAGAGUUAUAGUUACGAGGAUGCAGCAAGUCAGGGAAGUAGGUCUGAGAAUGAAGACUCUAUAUUGACCGAUGAUGAUGGUAUUGCUGGUGGAGAUGAUGCAAUGAUUGAAAAGAAAAAUGGUUUCUUUAGAAGGAUGAGUGUAAAAAUGAAACAGUUAGUGCUUAGACAUGAUGAGGAUGAAGAAACUGAACUGGAGAAGAAAGUUAAAAAGAGAGAAGAACAAAUUGUACUAGUGAAUGAUUUAACAGAGGAUAAUAGCAACUCAAAACCAUUGUUUAAUAAAAUGACCGUGAGAGAUUUGGUGAACGGUUCCCAUGACAAGAAUGAUGGGUCAUCGUUUUCCCGGUCUCGAAGUUCGAGUAUGUCCAGUCUUGAAAAUGUGUCGAAGGAAGCCAUCCAGUGUCUUGUCUUCGCUGAUUCUUAUACUCGCAAAUUUGAUAAUUUUACAAGCCCCUGUUUGUGGGUGGGAACAAGCCUGGGCUCAGUGUUGGUAAUAGUGCUAAAUCUUCCUCCUUCAGGGGAGCAACGGUUGUCUCAACCAGUGAUAGUUUCACCUAGUGGAACAAUAUUUCGGUUAAAAGGUGCCAUCCAGUGUAUGUCAUUUUUAGACUGUAAUGGUAUGAUUAUACCCACAGUUACGUCAGGUGCAUGGCGGGAUUCUUCGAAAGAUGACCAAGCAAAAAACUCCAAAACACAAAAUGCUACACCUCAAAAAUUAAAGAUAUCACCGAGUUCUUCAACAGAAGUUACAGAUAGACAGUUUGCAAUCAUUUGUUCAGAAAAACAAGCAAGGGUUGUGUCCUUGCCAUCACAGACAUGUCCUUACAAGGCCAGAAUAUCCGAGUCAUCCUUCGUUAUAAAGGCUGAUGUAGUUAAUCUCAGGGGUGAGAGUGUAUGUUUGGCUUGUUACGUUGCCAACGGACACAUAAUGGUGUACAGUCUACCUAGUCUCAAACUGCUGUUAGAUGUCAAUUUUCUUGCUCUCACUGAUUUAAGAGUUGCAAGAACUUUCUGUUUUAGUAACCAUGGACAUGCAAUGUAUAUGUGUUCACCGACAGAACUACAAAAAAUUACAUACUCUGCUGACUUUUGUGAUAACCUGAAUGAGAUGCUGGGAGAGCUCUUCUUGCCUACAGAAACCCCCGAUGCUCCUAAACAGAGCUUCUUCAAAAACCUGUUUGGGGGAGGACCUUCCGCAUUGGAUAGAGAAGAACUUUUUGGUGAAGGAAGUGGUAAGGUUGGUCGUAAUAUAGCAACGCGGGUACCAGGCUCUGGUGGUAUGCAGAACCUACAAGCACAGGCGCAAGCAGCUGUUGGUGGUGAAGUUGGUAGGGCCAGAUUGUUACUGGGAGAACGUGGUGAGAAGUUGUCCGGGCUUGGUGAUAAAACGGAGGAGAUGUCCAUGCAAGCUGAGGCUUAUGCUAAUACCGCUCAUCAAUUAAUGCUGAAAUACAAGGACAAGAAAUGGUACCAGUUUUAGAAAAUGAGACUCUUUAAUACAGAGGGGAACCAGCUGUUGAGAAAACUGUAAAAAAUACUGAAACCGUACAAUAACAGUAAAUAUUUGCAAGAAAACGUGUGUUGAUUUCAAUUUUGGAAAUUGAGAAAAGAUAUUAUUGGAAUAUUGAAACCAGAAAAGAUGAGCUUGUUAAAAAGAACACAUUAUCUUUUGUGUGUGUGGAAAGACUUUCAUGGUGUUUUGUGAAGAAGAAAUAAACGUGAAAAUCGUAAACUAAAACAUAGAACUGUUUUUACAAGCAGUCUUUAAAUGCUAUAGUGAUAGACGAUGAUUUUUUUAUUCACUGCACAGGAAGUGAUAGAGGUUCCUCCUCUAUGGCUCUUACUCAAUGUCCGAUUUAUGUUAAAAAAUAUUUACGCGUAAACGAGGCUUUUGCCAAGUGUAAUGCAAGUAAGGAAAGGGGUUUUUGUUUGUUUUUGAUUUUUUUUUUUUUUUCGUUUUUUUUUUUUAUAUUAUCAUUAUUAUUUAUAAAAGUGAUACUCUGUUGACAAUGGAGUAGGGAGUGUUAGGUGCUGACUUUGAUAUUAUACUCACUUGUGUACAUAGACUGUAAUUUAAUGCAAGAUGGAGCGUGAUCCGCUUUCAGCUGUGAAGUUGUCGGUAAAACAAAAAAAAACCUUCGCAUUUACUUGUUAUGGAAUGUGGAAUGCUACGCAAUGCGCCACUAAAUUGUUCAGAUGUCUGAAUGCUUUAACGGGAUUUUUUUUUUUUUUUUCUGUAAGUAAUUUUCUCUUGCAAAGUAGAAGUGAUGCCUGGAGUUUCGAUGCCAGUUGCACUGUGUACACCAUUCUCUUUUGAAUCAAAUCAUCACAAAAAUUGUUUUGACAGUGUGUUAUGAAGUAAUUGUGAUGUUCAUAUAUUUAGAUGUAGGCGGCACCAUUUAAUACAUGCACGUAGUCAGACUUUGUGGAUGACUUAUACCUGUUAGUUGUUAGCUAUGGCCUAAAGCUUUAAAAGGAAAAUGAAGGAAAAACAAAAUAAUCUGUUAUAUUUUUAAGCAAGUUCUUUCCCCCUAUGUUUUCCCUUUGAUAAAUGUUGUUUUCCAGGUGCAAUGUUCCUGUAGGACUAUCAUACCUUUAUUUGUGAAAUUAGCAGAAGAAAAGUGCUUGGGCUUCAAUUUAUAGUAGUCCAGAAAUAUGUAUUGACUGAUUGAAAGGAAUUUCAUUACUUACUGAUUGACAGGUUGUCAGUGAUAUGAUUAUCUUGAAGUUCUAUUCCUUCCUCUUUGUAAAUUUUUAUGUUAAUUAUGACUCGUUUGUAAAAAUGGAACACUUAAGUGAAAGCAGCUGUAGAAGUGAAUGCUAUCGUAUCUGACAGUUCUAUUUUUAGCACAAUAUGAAAAAGUGUCACAUGUGUUCUAUUUAUAGUAUGCCAGAAGAUCAUGUUGACAAAAGUGUGUUUUUUCUAUUGUACAUUCUCACAGGUAGUUGAUAGUAUCACCCAAACUGCGGUUUAAAAAUGUGCUUGUGUUGGAUUUUUGUGCUGUGUAAUACAACCAUUUUGUACAUUCCUGCCGAAUUUCAUCCCUUCACACAGCUGAUAUGUGCAAAAUAGUUAAUGAAAACACAGUCUAAUACUCCUUUUGUUUUCUUUCACAAGUUUAAUUAUAUAUUUGUGUCAAAGACACUUAAAUUAACAUUCCAGUGAAGUUUGUUUUUUUCUUCGCAAGAAAAGAGAACACAUUCUUUAUUAAGAAACAUUUUUUUCAUCUUCAUAUUCUAUUGAAAAUUAUUUUCAUUAACUUCAUGCAACAAUUUUAUAAUUAAAAACAGUCAAUGCUUACAAAUGUAUAUAUAAAUGUUGCUCAAGUUAUGGCUUUAUCUUAAGAUUCAUGUAGUGACCAACAUUUGACACUUCAGAAAAUGGAAAAUUCCAUUCCAUACAGUUUCUUUUAUAUUUAUUGUACCCAAUGUCAAGGUUUCUGUUCAUUCCACAAUGAUUCCAGUUUUUUUUUGAAUGCCAAUCUUUCAGUGUAUUUUUGGUUUUUGAUAUUGAAAUAUUAACUGGGAGGUUUGCAAUACAGAUGAAUCUUAAUGUUUCAAAAUGAAUAUUUUGAUAAAAAGAAAACUGACAGUAUUUUUUAACAUUAUUCUCUGACAUGUUUUGACAUUAAUUGUUUAUAUUGAUAUUACAAGAAAUUGAACUUCAAUUUCACAACUUUUUCAGUCAGCAUAAAUCUUUAUCUCUCUCUCUCUCUUUUUUACUUUUUUUUUUCUUAGGUUUUUCUUUUAAAAUUCUUUUAAUUUUUUUUAUGCUCUCCAGUUUAGGGUAUGUUUACUUAUACUUGUAUAUUUUCUGACAACUAAUUCAUUAAGGAAGAUUAACUGAUGAUAUGAUUUGGUAGGGAUACAAUAUGAAUUGAUAUAUGAUACAAUAUGAUUAUGUGCCAGGGUAUAUCAGUCCAAUAUGAUUUUUAUGUAUGUUGGGACGUUAAAUUGUAUAUCCUUCAGAAGUGAAUUAUGGCAUUCCAACACUUAUGCGAGCAUUUUUUUUUUUUUUGUAUAAAUAUAUAUAUAUACAAUAUUUAAGAUUAGAUACACUAUAUAUUUCAUCCUUUAGAGUGAAAAAUAUACGUAAUAUAUAUAUUGUGUUAAUUCUAGAUUAUACUUUGGAAUUUUGUUGAUUUUGUUGUCUAUAGAGAUAUAUGAUUUAGUGAUGAUGAUCACCUUUAUAUUAAAUAUUAUUAUAUUUAUUGACAGAAAUAAUUAUAUAUAUAUAUAUUAGCAAUUAUUUAUAUUUUGUUAAUACCUCGGUGCAAUUCUAUCUCUUUAUGAUUUUGUGAUAUUCUGUUUGUUAGUUUGUUUUGUUCUUAUCCCUCGCCCAUGUCCCCACCCCGCAGUGUUUGUAGGAAAUCCAGAUAAGUUGUAGAUUUUUUUGUUUCUGCUUAUCUACCGCGACACAAAAAUUCGUUCACAAUAUACUUAAAUAUUAAUUUAGAAUGGGAAUGCGGAAGAAAAAAAAAGCACUAUUGUUGUACAAUUUCAACUGCUGUUAAUUUAUUGUUAACCAUGAGCAUACAAGUGCUGGUUGGUCCUUUCUUUCUAUCCUGUGUACAUUGGUACAAGCCAAAGCUAUACUUCUAUAUAUAAAUCUUAGGUUGAGUAUGUCAUUGUGACUAAAAAUAGAAUUUACUUUUCAUUGAGGCUAAAAAUAGAUUUUACUUUUCACUGAGACUAAAAUUAGAGUUUGCUUUUCACUGUGACUUAAAAUAGAUUUUGCUUUUCACUGAGGCUAAAAAUAGAUUUUACUUUUUACUGAGACUAUAAAUAGAUUUUACUUUUUGUAAUAAGCCACAUUUAUAGCUUGGUUAAAGCCCCAUUGGAAUUUUUGACCCUGUUAUUUUAUCAACAGCAUAAAUAGACUUCAAAAGAAAAUGUCCAGUGGCAGGAAAUGAGUGUGAAAGUAAUGUAAAUACCUGAUGUUACGCACAUGAUGCAAUAUUAGAAUGAGCUUAUUAACAAAUUGAUAGGUUGGAAGAAAUGGGUUUAUCGAUUGAAGUGUCUUUGGAGUAAGCAACCAAUUUAUUAAAGGGACUCCACUGAGGUAUUUUGAUGUGAUAGGUCUGGAAAUAUAUUUUGAGAUUUCUGUAAUACAUGUAUUUGAAGUGGGUUGACUGGACUAAUGACUUGUUUGCAUAAAUUCAGAUCAUUUUUGCUUACUCUAUUUCGCGAGAAUAAUCAUUUACAUGUUGCAAUAUGAGCUAAAAAUGAAGUAUUUGAAACUCUUUUUCUCAAAAUGGACUAAGCACAGAUAAUACCAUUUUAUAUUUAAUUCUGUAUACAAAAUAUAUUUUCUUUAGUAUUUUUUGCAUUUCUUUCUGUUUUAAGUGGCCCGGCUGAUUUAUCUAGGAAAAUCAAAUUUUAUGUGUUUUGGCCUUCAAGUGAGUUCCUUUAAGUUUCAUUAUUACUAUAUGUGAACAAAGAAAUUAAGAUUUUUCUUAUUUAAUGUUGGGGUUUUUUUUAUAUAAGAAAUAUAAAUAAAAGAAGAAGUUCUAUUUUUGUAAUUUGUUCAAAGGUCAACAGUAUGGUUAUUUGAUUAAAUCAUCUUUUGUUUGCAGUUUUAUUACUAAUGACAUUAAAUGGCAGUUUUAAGCUUGGUAGUUAAUUUGUUGAUAUUCAUCCACAUGUGUGUAUUUUUAAUUGUGACGAAUAGUAUUUAAGUAUGUUUACAAUGUAAUACUGUGCAAUACAGUGCUGAACAGUGCAAUACUGGACCGAACCAUAAGUUACUAUAUUAUACCAUUAGUUACUGUAUUGUAAAGCUAAUUUAAUCUUUAAAAGCAACCUUUCAGAAUCAGUAAAACAGUCUUCAUUUGGUAUUGUUAUUUACAAUUACUGUGAGUUAGUAUUAUUAUAAUUUAUAUUAACACUGUUUUUAUUAACACAAUGAAAUUGAAUAACAAGUUAUGGUUGUAUUUCAAUGAUGCUACAUUGUGGACACUGAUUAAAAGUAACAAUUUUUUUAUAUUAUAUUCAGGAGACUGUUUCAGAAACACAUUCCAUGAAAUAGUGAAUUUAUUUUUUUAUUGAAACAAAAGAAACAUUCCUUAAACAGAUAUUUGAAAUGUUUUUUUCUCAGCCUUUGGCAUAUUUUUUCUUUCUUUAUUUUCUUUUUUUUUUCUAUAAAUGUUCUUUAUAAUCAUGAGUGCUAAUUUGUUUAUAAUUUCUAGUCAAAAUGAUAGCAAAAAAUCUGGAACAUAUUAAAACAGGACAAGUAACAAGAUGUCAUUGCCAUGUUAUCUUUUCAUCCAAUACGGCACACAUUCCGCCAUUUUGUCAUGUUCAUUAUUGCAAAAGGGGCGGUGGGGGGAGGCGGAUUUUCCCAUUGUAAAAAAAUGAGAAAAUGGGAGAAAUAUUAGCCAACUGGCCUUUUUAACAGUCCUUUUGUGUUUUGAUGGUCGUAAUGUGAUGUUCAUGUACUUUAUAUUAUAAUAACAGUAUCAAUAAAGGAUUGAUACACAACGCAUAUCUGUCAGUCAAUUGGAUACCAACAUAACGGCUUAUCUAGUUGGUAGUUGCCUGUCCCGUUAUUUUAUAUCCCAGAAAUAAACAUUUCUAGGUGCAUGUAUUUUUUUCAUUUUGGAUCAUUUAAGAUAAGCUUGUGCAGAUCUUAGGAGAUUUUGAGUUAACUUUUUCACAAUUUUUUCAUGAUUUUAAGGUUUGCCUAAGAAUGUGCUGUCUCAUGAUCAUACUUUCAAGGUAAAGUCGAAAUAAAAACUGAACAUACAUGUAUGGCAUUAAGCAGUUCAACACCCUGGAAAAAAAUCCUGUAUAUUAUUUUUCUCAUUUCUAUCUUAUUCUGUUAAUAAAAAGAUUGUCUAUAUUGUUUAAAUAGGGCAAUAUGUUACUAUAACAAAGUUAAAUAUAAAAGUUGAAAAAUGUCAGGUAUGUUUGUCAGAGAUUGACACAGAAGUUCAUUUCAUUCUUACUGUAGAUAUUAUAAAAAAAGUGGGUGGGGUAACUUAAAUAAAAAUAGUGGAAAAAAAAGCUUAUUUCAUAAUUACUGUCAAUAUUAUUAAAAAAAAAUGGGGUGGGGUAACUUAAAUAAAACACUGAAAAUUGAUUUUUAAAAACAUCAUUUGAUGAUGUAAUGAGGAGUACAUGUGGAAACAAAUUUAAAGUAAUUAAUUUUGUGUAAAAUGGUAGUUACUACAUGUAUUUGUACAUUUUAUGUAUGUUUACUUGUUAUUUAUUCAAAAGUGCAAUACCUAAUAGCAAGAAGGUUGAUUUCAGGAUUUGUUAGCAUCAGGGUUAUAGCUUACUUCUAUGUUCAGUAAAAUAUAUUACCGUAUAUUCAGUAAUAAAUGCCCCUGGGUAU